AGUGUAGUUUCGAGGGUGAGGCGUCGUUGGCAUCCCCCAAGCUUUUUUCGCAAUAUUGCAAAAUAUUCCAGUCAGUGUAAUAGUGUAUAGAUAAAUUUUUAUUUUUUUCUUUAAAUUUAUUCAAAUUUAUUUUCAUUAUCAAUACGUAAAUAAAUAAAUAAACUUUAAAACCAAAAUUUCUCAGUAAAUCUUACCUUAAAGUUAUCAAGACUGUUUUUAUAUUUUUGAUAUUCAAAAAAUACGAACAAACUUGUGUGUAACAUUAACAUUAAAAUUUGGUGAAUCACUUUUUUUGAAUGAAGUUGUAUUGUGUAAUGUUUAUUGUGAAUCGAUGAUACUAUCAAAGUUUUCUAAUUAGUUGACACGUUUGACAUCCAGACGUUCAUAAAUUCCCCUAAUUUUCACAUCGUAUAUAAACCAUAUGCCACAUUGAACACCAGCAUGACAGCAAUUAUUAUUUUACCCACGGGAAAUUAAUUUUAUCCGUAUAUAUAUGUAUUCAUUUACUUUCUCUGUUAUAUUUCAUCAAUCUUCUACGAUUGAUACUAUAAUUAUUUUGUCAAUUAAAUAUAUUUAAAAAUUAUCAUGUAGAUAAAUAUUAAAACUGUCAAUCAUUGAAAAAAAAAACAUCAAACAAUUCAACUUAAAUAUACUUUUUUCAAUUAACUGUUAAAUUAAUUCAAUUUGUGCACAAGUGUUUGUGAGUGUUUGAUAAAAAAAAAAAACUACAUUUUUAAUCAAAUUGAUAAAAAUAAAAAUCUACAAAAUAAAUGACAGAUAGUGAAUAACAAUAACAAUAAUAAUAAAUUAAAAAAUUAAAAUUUUGUGUGAUUGACAAGUUAGAUGACAGCAAUGUCGUCGUGACAUGUCAUGUUACCACGUAGCCAUUAUUGGCGUGACUGUAACCUCUUCACUGAAGAGGCACAAUCAUAUUUGACAAAUUAUUAUCAACAACGUAAUGGGCUAUCACAUAAUGUUAAUCAAUUAACGUCAUCAUCAAUAUUAUAUCGUAUUUUACCAUCAAUACUAUUCAAAUCAUUUAUUCCUUAUUGUGUUUUGUGGCAAGCACCUGGUAUUAUUAAUCAAAUUCAAAUUCAAUUAUUACAAUUAUAUCAACAACUACAAAGAAAUCGAAUUUCACAAUUAUCACAUCAAUAUCAAAUAAAUAAACAAUUACGUUAUCGUAGAAAUAAACAACAAUAUCGUAGACGACGUCAUCGACAGGAUCAUCGAAAUACAAACAGUAUCGAGGACAGAUAUUUCAUUCGAGGACGAACAAAUUUAACUCGAGGCAUUCAAGAAAGGACGCAAUUAUUGCGUGGAAUGGAAACGAGGUAUAAAGCGAAUCGUUGCGUGAGCGGAGGUGGCAGCCGCGGCAACGGUGCAACUGGUACAACCAUACCAACAACUGGCACAACAACUGGUGUUAAUAAUAUAUUUAAUAACGACACUAGUAUUAUUGUUGGUCGUGGUGCUAGUUACGGUAGUGGUGGUAUUGGAGCUGUUGUUGACAGUGUUAGUCCAAGACGUACUGUUAACAACAGUAUACAUCAAGAAAGUGGUACAAGACCACCAACAAUUGGACAUCAUCAUCACAAUACAACUGGUUCAAGACAUUAUAGAAAUAAAGUGUCGACGGGCUGUGUUGAGCUCCGUCACCAACUCCAUAAUCAUCGACACCAUCCACAUCAUCGCUCCCAUUAUCGGGGCAUGACCAUGGGCCAAAAAAUAUCAGGUGGUGUGAAAAGCGUAACACGUGAAAGUGGCGCUGGUACUGGUGGUGGUGUUGGUAUUGGUGGUGGUGGUGCAGUAACAUAUAAACCAGUUGUACCACGUGAACUUGCACAAGAUUUUUCGAGGCCGGCACGUCUUGAUGUACUUCUUGAUAUGCCACCAGCAACAAGAGAAACACAAGUACACAAUGGUUGGAAUGGUGAAGACAGAAGUUUAAAUAUAUUCGUCAAGGAGGAUGAUAAAUUAACGUUCCAUCGUCAUCCAGUAGCCCAAAGUACAGAUUGUAUACGAGGGAAAAUUGGUUAUACAAAAGGUUUACACGUUUGGGAAGUACAAUGGAGUACUCGACAACGUGGUACACAUGCUGUUGUUGGUGUUGCAACUGCUGAAGCACCAUUACAUAGUGUUGGUUAUCAAAGUCUAGUCGGCAAUAAUGGAUUAAGUUGGGGAUGGGAUCUUGGUAGAAAUAAACUUUAUCAUGAUUCUAAAAGUAAUACUGGUGCUACGUAUCCAGCAUUACUUAAACCUGAUGAAACAUUUGUUGUACCAGACAAAUUUUUAGUUGUUCUUGAUAUGGAUGAAGGCACAUUAGCUUUUGUCGUUGAUGGUCAGUACCUGGGUGUUGCAUUUAGAGGAUUAAAAGGAAGAAAAUUACAUCCAAUUGUCUCAGCAGUAUGGGGACAUUGUGAAAUUACCAUGAGAUAUGUCGGUGGCCUUGAUCCUGAACCACUUCCUUUAAUGGAUCUUUGUCGGAGAGUUGUACGACAAAGAAUUGGUAAAAAUCGUCUUGAUAAAAUUCAAGAAUUAAAUUUACCACAAGCUAUGAAGACUUAUCUCCUUUAUCGAGAUAGGAGGUAACCACCAACUCACAAAAAUGUAAUUGACAUAAAUUAUAAUAAUAUUUAUGACAAGGAUUACAAUCACCGAGAUAAUUAUCAUCACAAUAAUUCAAUUGAUAAUCAUUAUUUAUCUGAAAUUUCCUCAUCAGCUGUCUUACAAGUCAUCGAAUAUAAAUGUUCACAAGUUGCCACGUGUCUCACAUCAUCAUCAUCAACAUCUCUUGAUUAAUCAAAUUUAAUUAAAGAACAUUUAAAACACUUGACAUUUCUAUUUCUCUUUUAUACAUAAAUUAAAAUCUAAAUAAGUAAUAAAAAAUUAAUAAAAGUAAAAUCACAUUAUGAUGAAAAAAAAAGAGAAUAGAAAUCGUAUAUUUGUGUUUAAAUAAAAAAGAAUGUCGAAGGAAAAAAAAUAAAAAUUGACAAAAUGUGACUAGAUAAAUUAUUAGGUAAUAUUGUUGUUUUAUGUUGUCCAUACGAAUAAUUUCGUAGAGUCUUUAUUAAAUGUUAUUAUUAAGAUCAAUAAUACAAUAAACCACGGCUAAUUAUUAAAUGCCUGGAUUAUUUUGUUUUGAGUUUUUAUAUUAUUAUUAUUUUAUUUUUUUUCCUUGCGUACUUCGCAACGUGAUCAUAUUUAGAAAAAUAAAAAAACAAUAAAUAAAUUAAAAAACAAAAAAAAAAACUUAUUGUGUGAUUAAAAAAAAUAAUAAUAAUUAAAAAAAAAUUUGUAUAUUUUUUUUUUUUUUAAAAAAAAAAAGUUUAUUUUAUUAUUUUUUUUUGUUUUGUUUUGUUUAGUGAAUUGUCGAUGGUGAUUGACACAGUGGUGUGAGAAUGUUAUGAAAUCCACUGUUUUGUGGAUUAAUAGAGACAAAAAAAAUUAAAUAAUAAAAUUGAUUGAGACACGUGGCUUGAAGAACCGUGACCCUGUCAAGUGUAACUUUAUGGUUGGACAGUUUAAACAGUUAUAACUUAGUCAAGCCUAAAAAUUGAUAGUGGUCAUUGGUACCUUAAGUGCGCCUUGAUUAUCUAACAUCAAAGAUUUUAUUAAACUAAAUGAAAUAACAAAAUGAUUACAUAAACACAUUACAUAAAUUAAAAAUAAAUAUAAUAUAUGAUAAUUCGAGGCGCACAUGAGAGAUGUCUAGUCUAUUGCUGUGGGUGAAAAAAAAAAUAUCCAAGGAGAUAAAAAAAAUAAAAAUAUUAUAAAUAAAUAAAAAAGCCAACGAACAAGAAACACAGUUUUUUUUUUUUUUUAUGUGUGAAUUGUAAUAAGAAUUUUAAUAAAAAGAAAAGAAUAAAAUAAAACUCGGUGAAUACAACAUGAAUGUGGUUGUACGAAAAAAAAAUAAUAAAAAGUGUAAAGACGAAUUGAUGGAAUGAAAAAGUUGAAGAGAAAAAAAAAAAGAAGAUUUUUUUAAUAAUAAUAAACUAUUAACAAAUGCAAAUGAUGUGUGUAUAGUGAUGACAAAACGAUGAAGAAAAAAAAAAACAACCAGCCAACAAACAGCCACCUUUUUUUUUUUUGUUGCUUUAUUAUUUUAUUAUUAUUUUUUUCUUUUUUAAAUAUUUUCUAAGUAUGCUAAGUCUAAUGCGAUAAUUAGUGGUGUGCGCGUAUUGUGAGGCAAAUAAAUAUAUAUAUUAAAUGAAAAAUUUAAAGUAUAAAAUUAAUAAUGAAAAGAAUUAAUGGUUUAGUUUUUUUUUUUAAAUUAAAUCUGUUUGUUGUAUUUGCAUUAUUGUCAGUAAUUUGACCAUCAUUGUGAUUUUAUCAUGCGAGAGAAUGAUGAAAAAAAAAAAAAAUUAUUAAUGAAUCGGGGGAGUAGUUGGACAGUUGUAACCAUCGUUUGAUACCAGUUAAUAAUUUUUAGGAAAUUAUUAAUAAUUAAUAAAUAACGAAAUGAUAAAAAAAAAAAAAUUAGGUACUGAACAAGAUUGUAUAAUAUCUCAGAUAAUUAAAUUUUGAGAUAUAAGCAUGAUUGAGUAAAUUUAAUUAAAAGUGCAGAUAGAAAAAAAAAAAAAAAGAUUUUUUUUCUUUUUUUUCGUUAUUGCUUAGAAAGUAACUAAACACACAGGCGUCGUCUGUUGAAAAAUUAGAAAAAAUAAAUUAAUGAAUAAUAAUAAAUCAUGAAUUGGGAUUGUAUAAUUGAUUGAGAUUUAAAACCAUUGAACAUUAUUAAACAAUAAUAACAAAUUUAAAAAAAUUAAUGUGUACUUUUUUCGAUGAAAAACAAAAAUCGAAAAAAAAUGUAACUAAACAAAUGUGUGAUUAUAAAAUUUAUUAUAAACAUUUGUUUUGAUAUCGAAAAAAGAAUCGUGUUUAGUAAAAGCAUUGUUUCUAUCUUUUUUUAAAUUUGUAUAAUAAUUCGUAAUUUUUUAUAAAUGCAAUACUUGAUUGAUUAAAAUGUUUUUUAAAUUUAAAAAAAAAAUUGUAUUGGAGCUUGAAGGUUUGAAUGGUUUGAUGAAAAAAUACAAUAUUGAUCACGUGAAUGCAUGCAUGUUUUAUUUCUCAUACAUGAAAUAUAUUCAGUAUACAAAAAUUUGAAAAAAAAAAAAACGAAGCCUGGCCUAUAUUCCAAUUGACACAUUUGUGCAUUGUCAAUUUAUAAUUUUAUUUUACAAAAUGCAAUUCUGCAUGUAUAUUCGUGUGUAUCUGUAAAUUCAAAUUUGAAUAAUAGAAAAAAAAAAAAUACGCAGAAUAUGUCUUCCAAAUCUACCAAAAAACAAAAAAAUUAUCAAAUUUAAAGCUGGUCCCCUCGAUUCUUUAUUGUUUAAAAAAUAGAAUCAUUGAUUAUUUCGUGUUUUUAUAAUACCAUAUAUUUAAAAUCAUGCUCAUUUUUAUUUGAAUUAUAUUUGAAGACAGAUAUUCUCGUUUAAUAUAUUCUUGUCACAAAUAAAAUUAUAAAAACAUAAAAAAAUACACACAGACACAUACAAAACAGCUUUAUCCUUUGUUCUUUGUAAAUCUUUUUGUCUUUAACUUCAUUGCAAUCAGUAACCUAAGCAAAUAUUAUCCAAAAAAAAAAGACAAAAUUUUUUAAAGUAAUAAACAGAAAUAUAAAAAUCCGAGCUUCUGAUUGGUAACGCAACCGAAAAGAAAUUGCAUAAUUAACUGUAUUUAAUGUAUAAAAAAAAUAUAAUAAUAUUAUCAAUAAUAAAACUACAGUUAAAUUGCAUUUUCAAGCGCUCAUCGUUAAUUUUAAAAAUAAACCACAGAUAAAUAAAUUAAUAAUAAAUAAUGUAAAGUUUCUCAAUAAAAGAAAAUUCGAUUCUUUAAAUUGAGAGCUACAUGGCAAAAAAAAAAACCCAUCAAUGCCUAAAAGAACAAAGCAUAUAAUAACAUUAAAAAAAAUUAAUAGUUUACACAUUAUUCACACAUGAACGAUUAUUAUAUAUGUACAAAAAAAUAAAUAAAUAAUAGUAAUAAUUUACAUUUAUAUAUAAAACAAACAAAAAAUAAUAAAAAAAAAAAAAGAGCAAUUUUUUUUUAAACAAAGAAUGAACAUAAUUGAAAUAGAUAAAAAAAAAAAAUAAAUAUAUUAAUAACACUCAAUUCCAUUGAAACUGAAAAAGGAUAAAUAAUAAAUAAUGCAAAUAAAUAUAAUAAAAAUUUAAAAAAUAAACAAACCGUCUUUGUAACAAUGCUAUUUUAUAAACCAGCACGUGUUACUUUCUGAAUAUGAAGAAAAAAAAAAACAAUGCUUGUAUGUUGUACAUAUUAUUAUUAUUAUUAUUAUUAUUAUUAUUGAUAAUUAUUAUUAUAAAUAGUUUAAUUGAAUGGGCGAUUAUCGUGUUAGUCAGCAUAAUGUGAAUUCAUUUUACACGAUAUUUAAAAAAAUCAGUCGAAGAAUGGAAAUAAAUUUAUAAAAAAUUAAAUAAACGAUCGCGUAUAAUUCGAAGCUGAUAUUCAAAGAAAAAAUAAAAUAAAAUUGAUUCUCAUGUUGGAUUGAAUAUAAGAAAAUGAUGAAUGAUGACACCAUGGUUGUGAGCCCAUUAAUUAUUAUAAGGGAAAAAGAAUAAAUAAAUAAUAAAAAAAAAA